AUGAGUAAGCAAUACAAGACCCAUCGACAUAGACUAGACAAGAAUUACUUCAAGCCACAUGCAAUAAUAGAAGAGGCAAUGCAACAUCCACCACUAGGCACAUCACAGGAAGAUUGGAAUUAUCUAGAGACACCCCAGCAGCCAGUCAUCGAACACCACCCGCAACGCCACCAGGAAGAGGUUUCCGAUCUUUCAUUAAAAGCAUAUCCGCUGGUGAGUCAUGGGACAAAGAGGGAAGCAUCAAAAGAGGGACAACAAGAACCCGAAGAAUAG